UUGAAGGCUAUAGGAGCGGCUACAUUUCCAUGCUCUACUGAGAUUCGCAAUGGGUCGUCCGCUUGUCGUCAGAGUGGAAUAAAAAGGUUGGGGAAAGGAACCUUUUCGAUCCAUCUAAAGUGAGCAUCGCGUCCAAGGCAAGCAAGGAUUGCCCCGCAAACCCUAGGAAGUCAUUGAGUGAUUGUCCUCCUUGCCCAAACAACUCCACCUGUACGCGAUUUCCAAAGAAUGCUGUUCCGAUCUAAUAGGUUUCUAGCUCAAAUGGCGCGGAAAUCGUUCUUCACUCACCUAUGGAGCGGUUCGUCCCGGUAGCCGAGAAGGCCAUUGUAGUUCAGCGUGGCGGAGUAGUGAUCGGCGCUUGGCGAUGGCUUACAGGGCGGUCCCAAGACAGAAGAGAUUAGUGACGACGGCGAAAGCGGGGAACUCACCGUCAUCAUCGACCACAUCCUCGUCGAGGCUAGUGCCAGAGGUUGCAUCGGUGGAUGGGCAGAGCUCACCGGCGUCAUCUUCAGCCAAGAGCAAGCCGCAUUCCUACUUGGAGAGUCCCGCGCUGGAUACAGAGGUGGCGAAAGAGAAUGUGACAGUCACCGUCCGCUUCCGUCCGCUCAGCCCACGAGAGAUUCGCCAGGGGGAAGAGAUUGCUUGGUAUGCGGACGGGGAUACUGUUGUUAGAAGCGAGAAUAAUCCAUCAGUGGCAUACGCAUACGAUAGAGUUUUUGGACCUACAACUACGACUAGGCUUGUGUAUGAUGUUGCUGCUCAACAUAUUGUUAGUGGGGCUAUGGAGGGCGUAAAUGGAACCAUUUUUGCUUACGGAGUUACAAGUAGCGGAAAGACCCAUACAAUGCAUGGAGAUCAAAGGUCUCCUGGUAUAAUACCACUGGCGGUGAAGGAUGCAUUUAGUAUUAUACAAGAGACGCCAAAUCGAGAGUUUCUCCUUCGUGUAUCCUAUUUGGAAAUCUAUAACGAGGUUGUUAAUGACUUACUAAAUCCUGCUGGUCAGAAUUUGAGAAUUAGGGAAGACCUUCAGGGCACUUUUGUUGAGGGUAUCAAAGAGGAAGUCGUAUUAUCCCCUGCUCAUGCUCUUUCUCUUAUAGCGGCAGGAGAAGAGCAUAGACACGUGGGAUCAACUAAUUUCAACUUGCUGAGCAGUAGAAGCCAUACAAUAUUUACACUGACAAUAGAGAGCACUCCCUGCGGCGAAUGUAGUGAAGAUGAAGCAGUUAAUCUUUCUCAGCUUAACCUAAUCGAUCUAGCAGGUUCAGAGAGCUCAAGAGCUGAAACUACAGGAUUAAGACGGAAAGAGGGGGCGUACAUCAAUAAAAGCUUAUUGACACUUGGAACUGUUAUAUCAAAAUUGACUGAGGGAAGAGCUAGCCAUAUCCCAUACCGUGACUCAAAAUUGACGCGUCUGCUUCAAUCAUCAUUGAGUGGUCAAGGGCGCGUGUCUCUUAUAUGCACUGUUACUCCAUCAUCUAGUAAUGCAGAAGAAACACACAACACAUUGAAAUUUGCUCAUCGUGCAAAAUGCAUUGAGAUUUUGGCAUCUCAGAACAAGAUUAUUGAUGAAAAAUCAUUGAUAAAGAAAUAUCAAGUUGAGAUACGUUGCCUAAAGGAAGAAUUGGAACAAUUGAAAAAGGGUAUGUUCUCUGUUAAUGCUCUAAAAGACAAUGGAGGAGAUGAUAUUGUACUUCUAAAGCAAAAGCUUGAAGAUGGUCACGUGAAGAUGCAAUCUAGGCUUGAGCAAGAAGAAGAGGCUAAAGCUGCUCUGCUAGGAAGGAUUCAGAGAUUAACGAAGCUGAUUUUGGUUUCAACAAAAACAGCACAUUCUCCAAGGUUCCAUCAACGUCCUGUUCCAAGAAGAAGGCAUUCCUUCGGAGAAGAGGAGCUUUCAUAUCUUCCAUUUAGAAGGCGUGAUAUGAUAUUGGAUCAUGAAAAUGGUGAAUUCUUUGGUUCGUUUGAAGGAUAUGGAGAGACAGAUUAUUCAUCAAAGGAAGAGAAAAAGAACAGAAAGCCUGGUCUCUUAAACUGGUUCAAGCUUAAGAAGCGAGAUAGUGCUAUCACAAGUUCUGAAGGUGAUAAGUCUAGUGGCACGAAAUCACUUACUACACCUUCAACCCCCCAGGCAGAUUGUGCAAACCUUCCUUCAGAAUCAAGAAUUUCAAAUUCUUUACUCUCAGAGAGUUCUCCUGUCAAUGCUCUUGCAGAAGCCUCGCUCAAUGGAGAUCUUGCUUCUGAAAAUGUUUCACUCCAAGAAACACCGCUGGAUAGCACAAAAACUAUGGAUCAUAUUGAUCUACUGAGGGAACAGCUAAAAAUAUUGUCUGGAGAGGUUGCUCUUAGUUCAAGUGUUCUUAAACGACUUUCAGAUGAGGCGGCAAAUAACCCUAGGAAGGAACAAAUUCAAGUGGAGAUGAGGAAAGUUGGUGACGAGAUAAAGGCAAAGAACCAGCAAAUGUUUGCUUUGGAAAAACACAUUGCUGUUAUUCUUUCUGCUCAUAAAAAUAACCAUGAAAAGUUGGAUAUUUCACCGUCCUAUGCUGCACUCGUAGAACAACUAAAUGAAAAGACCUUUGAACUUGAGGUAAAAACUGCAGAUAAUCGAGUAAUCCAGGAUCAGUUACAACAAAAGAUUUGUGAAUGUGAAGAAUUACAGGAGACGGUCACUUCCCUAAAGCAACAGCUUUCUGAAGUUCUUGAUAGGAGGACUUCUUCUUCCAUCAAUUCGGCACAAUAUAGCGUUGAUGAAAUGAGCUAUCAUGAACUACAAGGAAGAAAAGAAAGUUUGCAGUCAAGAGAAAGAAAUUCGGAGCUGCAACAAGCACAUCCUGAUUAUGAUAUUGAAGAUCUCAAACACAAAAUCUCCCAACUAACAGAAGCAAAAAACGGACUUGAAGCGCAAAACCAGAAGCUAGCAGAGGAGAGCCAAUAUGCAAAGGGACUUGCUUCAGCUGCAGGGGUGGAGUUGAAGGCUUUAUCAGAAGAGGUUACUAAGCUAAUGAACCACAAUGAGAGGCUUACCAACGAAUUGGCCCAGCUGAAGAAUUCUUCUCACCGUAGAGUAACCAAUGGUCAGAAAGUCAACAGAGGGAACAGCCACAUUAAGCGACAUGAACCAAACAACAAGAGAGAUUAUACCUUGAAUUAUGAGAGAGAACUUGCGCUUGAAGCCGCUUUAAUGGAGAAAGAGCAGAGAGAAACAGAACUGCAGAAAAAGGUAGAGGAAUCGAAACAAAAGGAAGCCUUUCUGGAGAACGAGCUUGCAAACAUGUGGGUGCUUGUGGCGAAGCUGAAGAAAUCUCAGGUAAGUAAAAUGGAUGAUUUGGAAGAGAAAUAACAGGGGAAUAAAAGGCUUGAAGAAAUGGGUAUUCGGGUGGUAGAUUUCUAAUUGUGAUGGAGAUUGAUUGAUCUGGUUCUUUAUUAUUUUUUAUGUAAAAGUUUGUACUUGUGAAAAUCAGAUUUCUUUUUUUUUUUUGGGUUUAGUUGUAAAAAUGGAGGGGCGUUGGAAGGUGACUUUGUAUAUGAAGAUUACUACAUAAUAGUGUGAAUCAAGCUCAUUCUUUUUUUUUUUUUUUUUUC